UCAUCGCCAAUCUUCAUUUGUAAAUAUGAAUGCGGAUGGACCUGUUGUCAACGUGCACGUGUUGUUUUUUGCUAAAUCCCGUGAAUUAGCGAACACUCCCCGAUCGAAAGUGGAUCUGCCCACUGAAAUUACUGCCUCCGAUUUGCUGGAGCUACUGGUGUCCAAAUUUGGCCUGACCCCCAUUCGGGAUAACUUGAUUUUGGCCCACAACGAGUCGUAUAUUGAUAACCUGAGUGAAAGAAUUCUGUUCAAGGAAGGAGACGAACUCGCCAUCAUACCGCCACUAAGUGGAGGCUAACAAGUCCGCCAUGGAUCACGUUAAAUUGGUUAACGACCCCAUUGACAUCGCCCAUAUCCACCAGUUGCUGGCCGAUGAAGGCUGUGGAGCUUCAUCGGUAUUUGUGGGCACUACGCGCGAUAA